CCGUGACAAGGUGAAAUGGAGAUACAGUUCUCUUAAAUAUAUACAUCAAAAUCAGAACACAGGCUAAAGGCUCAAAAAUUGUCUGGAUUUCAUUCCGGCGCUCCACUGUCUAAAGCACCUCCCGAUUUUCCCGACGUUUGCCGUCCGGUCGGUGGCCGAGAAUUACGUCGGAGUCAAAAUCAUCUUCCGUUGGUCGCUGUUUUCAUCGCCAUCCCUAUCAUGCACGUGCCCGCAGAUUGAAUCUUCUCUGAGUGGUUCCUUUUGUAGAUGACUUUUUCUCGAAAUAAUAUCGCGCUUAAUGGGGUGGAGCCACCAUUUUGCUUGAAUCUGUGAUGUGAGCAUCUCUGUACUUGUAAACCAGAACUCCCUCGGCUUCUUGUUUUUCUUUUCAUGAGGGUCGUUCCCGUCCUCCAUCAUCCGGUUCCGCCGGUCCYGGCGAUCAUCACCGUCCGUCGGCGGUUUAUACCUACGCCCUGCGCUCUAUGCAAACGUGGGUCAUUUCCUUUACGUUUCGGUCUGCGUUAUGUGUUUCUUCCUGUUCGGAAGUUCCAAGUGUUGGCUGCAAAUAAACAGCUGCCUGAGCUGAAGGACGGAAAAUCAGAGAGUGAAGAUGCUUUGUUGCGAGCAGAGGAUGGGGAAGGACUGGAUUUAGGAUGGUUACCUGCUUUCCCUCAUGUUCUCGUUGCUUCGUUGUCUAAUUUUCUAUUCGGUUACCACAUAGGAGUAAUGAAUGGUCCUAUUAUUUCUGUUGCUCGAGAACUUGGUUUCGAUGGGAACCCAAUCCUUGAGGGACUAGUUGUGAGCAUUUUUAUUGUUGGUGCAUUUCUUGGAAGUAUAAGCUCUGGUUCGCUGGUUGAUAAACUAGGAUUUAGGCGUACCUUUCAAAUUGCCACAACACCCUUGAUUCUUGGUGCGCUGUUGAGUGCUCAAGCCCAUACCUUAGAUGAAAUACUUUCGGGAAGAUUUCUUGUUGGCCUUGGCAUAGGAGUUAAUACAGUACUUGUCCCAAUUUAUAUUUCCGAGGUUGCUCCAACGAAGUACAGGGGAACACUAGGAGGCCUGUGUCAGAUUGGAACAUGUCUUGGAAUUAUUGCUUCACUGUUUCUGGGAAUUCCAUCUGAGAGCGGUCCACAUUGGUGGAGGACAAUGCUCUAUAUUGCAAGUCUUCCCGGGUUCUUUAUCGCAUUUGGCAUGCAGUUCGCAGUUGAAAGUCCACGCUGGCUAAGUAAGGCUGGACGACUGGAUGAAACCAGAGUUGUUAUCAGUAACCUAUGGGGAGAAUCUGAAGUUGAAAGAGCGGUUGAAGAGUUCCAGUCCGUAAUAAGAAAUGAUGGAAGUGAUCUGAACAGUGGAUGGUCGGAACUUCUUGGGGAACCAAACUCUAGAGUGGCAUUGAUUGGAGGUGCCCUUUUCUUCCUUCAACAGUUUGCUGGUAUAAAUGGAGUUCUUUAUUUUUCAUCCUUGACCUUUCAAGACGUUGGAAUCGAAAAUGUUGCCAUAGCAAGUUUGGUUAUUGGAAUUACCAAUUUUGCUGGCGCUCUCUGUGCUUUAUACUUGAUGGAUAAGCAAGGGAGACAGAGGCUUUUAAUUGGGAGUUAUUUGGGCAUGGCAGUUUCAAUGUUGGUUAUUGUCUCUGCCAUUAGUUUCCAGCUUGAUGAAGAACUGAGUCACAAUUUAUCGAUAGUAGGAACUAUUGCUUAUAUCUUCGCCUUCGCAAUCGGAGCCGGUCCAGUUACUGGUAUUAUUAUACCCGAGCUUAGCAGCACCCGGGCACGUGGGAAGAUCAUGGGAUUUAGCCUUGCAGUUCAUUGGGUAUGCAAUUUCUCAGUGGGUCUAUUCUUUCUGGACUUGGUCCAAACAUUUGGGGUUGCUCCAGUUUACGCUAGCUUUGGUGCAUUUUCCUUGUUGGCGGCCAUAUUUUCCAAGUACUUCCUAGUCGAAACGAAAGGGCGGUCUCUGGAGGAGAUCGAGAUGGCACUAAAUCCCAACAUCCAUGGCAGCGACAAGUAAUGCAUAGAUGGAUCCUGGUCACUUUGCUGGUGUACAGGGAAGGGAAAACCACAGAAGGGCAUUUUGGUAAUUGGACAUGAAAUGGUAGAGAUCACAGGGUUUGUGGAACGCGCCUGCAAGACGAAAGCUGCUGUUUGGACAGUGGUUAGUGAAUUUGGGAUAAACCCGAGCAGGGCUGUCGCAAACCCGGAUAUGGAUAUCAUUUCAAAACUGAUGGGUGGGUUCAAAGAUCAAAGCUUUAAAACUUGGGUUGGUUUCAAAAAAGCGUAGGUAAGCCAAUAGUAGAACAAGAGAGCGACGGUUUUCGAAACAGAAGGCGACGGGCUCUUACUCCAAAGUGAGAGAAGAAGAAGAAAGAAGAAGAAACUCUAAUACAGCCAUUGGAGUUGCUAUGACCSAUGAAGAAUAUGAUUGCUGUUUUUGUCUCUGAAUUGUGAAGCGAUGAACUAACUCAGCAAAAACCAGGAAAAAUUACUCUUUUAGGUCUGCUGCCCAAGGAAGAACAAGGGACCACCCAGUGGGCCCAGAUCAUGGACCCUCCAAACUUGGGUUAAAACUUGUGGUUAAGGUUAACUCCCUUGAUUAAGCCCACUGCCCUUCUGGUAGGUCACAACCCUGAAAACUGCAUGCAUUAUAAGCCAAAGCCCACUGUCAAAAACACAAGAGAGAGAGACAGAUUCUUAUCUUGUGAGGUUUGAAAAUGAAAGGUAGAAGGAUGGGGGUUAUAUAGUAACGUUACAUAAGAAAUAGGUUUGGAUUUGGAAGCCUUUUUUAAAAGUUAAUUUGAGUCUCCCACUUUUCUUGUUUUUUAGUUUUCCGUGGGAAUCGGAUAUUGUUGGGGAUGCCAUGCUGGUAGUGGGGUGGAAUAUUUGUUCCUAUACAUUUUUUCUAUUUUUUUUAAGUACUAAGGCCGUUUCAGCCGAAAGCGCCCUUCUUCUAAUCUCUACAAUUUUACCACUUUGCCCUCCCAAGAACUCAACUUUACCAUCGAUUAAACAAGGCAACUAAUAAUGCUUCAGUUGUUUGCAUUGAAUGCUCCCAUCGACCUUCCUCUGCCUCUGGGACACCUCCAAACCCUGUUUUCAUUCAUUACGAUUUCCUUUUGUUGUGUCUGUUUCCAUUUCUGUAUCUAAAACCCAUUUUAGUAAUUCAAUUU